GCAGUAGUGGUGUAUGUUUUAAUGGAGGCAGAUGUAUGGCCGGAGUAGGGUAUGGAGCUCAACUCUGCUCAUGUCCAGCAGGCUUUCAGGGCCCCAGGUGUCAGUAUGAUAUUAACGAAUGUGCGAUAAACAAUGGUGGAUGUGAAAAGGAAUGCUGUAAUGCCAUUGGCUCAUUUUACUGCAAAUGUCCGCAGGGAUUUAAACUGGCACAAGAUGGAAAAAGAUGUAUAGACAUUGAUGAGUGUAUGUCGUACAAUGGUGGAUGCCAAAACACGUGUCGUAACACACACGGUGCAUACGUAUGCGAGUGUCCAGCUGGAUACAGGCUUCACACAGACAGGAGGACAUGUGUAGUGAGUGGAGGCUGUUCUGUAAACAAUGGCGGAUGUCAGCACAUGUGCCAGGAAGGCUACGGCGGCCAUUUUAGAUGUGCAUGUCACCCUGGAUACAGACUGGGGUCUGAUGGGAAGAGUUGCGAAGUUAUUGAUUCAUGUCGAGAAAAUAAUGGUGGUUGUUCACAAAAGUGUAACAACUAUGGUGGCCGAGCGGUCUGUCAGUGCUAUACUGGCUAUAAGAUUGGGCUAGAUGGGAAAACUUGUGAAGAUAUAGAUGAGUGUUCCAUUGGUAAUGGCGGCUGUUCGCAGGGCUGCGCAAACACCAGAGGAUCGUUUGCCUGCACGUGUACACCUGGAUACCAGCUGGGAACAGACGGAAGAUCUUGUUAUAGAAUCGAAAUGGAAGUUAUCGAUAGCUGUGCCACCAAUAACGGUGGCUGUGAACACAAGUGUAAGCAUGGUGUAGGGGGCGCCAUAUGUACAUGUAACCCUGGUUACACACUGCAGGCUGAUGGGAAAUCUUGUGCAGACACUGAUGAGUGCGAGCUGGGGACCUCGUGUUGCGAGCAGCUAUGCACGGACACAGUAGGGAGCUUUACUUGUGGGUGUCGUGUAGGAUUUACACUUAACAACGACAUGUGCAGUUGCCAGGAUGUUGAUGAGUGUCUUAACAACAACGGUGGCUGCGAACAAGUCUGUGUGAACUCCGUGGGAUCAUUUGAGUGUGUUUGCAAUGUGGGAUACAAGCUGACAUAUGAUGGCAAGAGCUGUGAAGUUGAGCAGUCAGAGGUUGGGCCUGUGAGAGGAGAUCUUCCCAAUGUUAUAGUUCAGCCCACUGUACAGUUUCAGCCCACACCACCCCCCAUUAUCUCCAUCACAGACCCUGAGUCUUCACUGGAGCUUAACAAUCAGCUUAUUGACAACGAACGAGUUGUGUGCCGCGAUGCAGGUAACUUCGGACCUAAAUGUGAGUUUACCUGUGACUCCUGUCAAAAUGGCGGCAUGUGUAACGAGGAACAGAAUGGCUGCGAGUGUGAAGCAGGCUGGCAAGGAAUUAUAUGUAACGAAACGUGUCCAGAAGGUUUCCAUGGAGAUGGCUGCAAUGGUAUCUGCACAUGUCUUAAUGGCGGGUCAUGUGAUUCAGUGACAGGCGAGUGCCGAUGUCCUCCAGGGGUCAAGGGGGUAAAUUGUGAGAACGGUUGUCCCCCUGGGUAUUUUGGUCAGGGCUGUGACAAGGAAUGUCCCCUACCCUGCGCCAAAGGGGCUUGUCACCGUGUCUUUGGCUUCUGUAUCUGUCCUGCUGGAUUCUUUGGACCCCAGUGUAACAAGGAGUGCCCCAAGGACUCCUAUGGUCCCAACUGUGAGUCCCCCUGUGACUGCUUUGAUGAAAACACCAAGUCCUGCAAUCCACAGAAUGGAAAAUGCAACUGUAAGCCAGGUUACACUGGGGAGAGAUGCACCCAUAAGUGCCCUGAGGGUUACUAUGGCAACGAAUGCAAAGGCGUCUGCGACUGUCCCGAGGAAACGAUGUGUGAUCAUGUGACUGGUCAUUGUCUGCGGGACUGCCCUAUGGGAUGGACUGGAGACUUAUGUGACCAAGCCUGUCCAAGUGGCAAAUAUGGCUCAAACUGCCUCCAGGACUGCGAGUGUGACGGCAGUAGCUGUGAUCCAGAGACUGGAGAGUGCAUUUGCCAGCCAGGGAGGAGGGGAAGACUCUGCAAGGAUUACUGCCCAGAGAACACGUGGGGCCUCAGUUGUGCGAACCAAUGCACGUGCGAAAAUGGAGCAACAUGUGACAAAUCUUCUGGGGAAUGCGUGUGUAUGCCAGGAUGGUUUGGGCCACGCUGUGCAGAAGCUUGUCCGUCAGGACGAUAUGGCGGCCAGUGCUUGCUGCAGUGUAUGUGUGAGAAUGGAGGUUACUGUAACCCUGUCACUGGAGAGUGCAACUGUACUGCAGGGUGGACGGGUCAACUUUGUGACAGAGCAUGUACUGGCGGCACAUAUGGGGUAGACUGUAGCGGACAGUGCGCCUGUCACAACAGCGCAGAAUGUGAUCAUGUGACAGGGGAGUGUAUCUGCGCACCAGGAUGGAGAGGCGCAGGUUGCGAUGAAAAGUGUGGAAAUGGCACAUAUGGUCCUGGAUGCGGGAAACUCUGCAUGUGCCGCAACGGCGCAGACUGCGACCACAUCAGCGGUGCAUGCAUGUGCAAAUCAGGAUGGCGGGACACAUUUUGCGACAAGCCUUGCCCUGAGGGAUUCUUUGGACUGGAGUGCCAGAGCGUAUGCAACUGUGGUAUUGGAAACCAUUGUGACCCAGAAACUGGAGAGUGCACGUGCGCUGCAGGCCUCACAGGACUGCGCUGUACGGAGCCGUGUCGUGAGGGAACGUGGGGCAUUGAUUGCAAAAACCAGUGUGAUUGCGAGAAUGAAGCCACUUGUGAUCCCUUCUCUGGGUUCUGCCUUUGUAAGCCAGGAUGGAAGGGGCCUACUUGUAGGGAAGCUUGUGAACCUUUCUUUUAUGGCACGAACUGUGGUCAGAGAUGCAUGUGCAGCAAUGGUGCCUCGUGUGAUCAUGUGACUGGUGCAUGUAACUGCACCAAUGGCUGGACAGGGAUGUCAUGUGACACACUUUGUAUGGAAGGUUUCUAUGGCCCAGACUGCAGGCUGGUUUGUGAAUGUAGCAAGAACAGCAAAGAGUGUGACCGCUUCACAGGAAAAUGUAUUUGUAAAAAAGGAUACAUUGGCAAAACAUGUAGUGAUGUCUCCUCAGAUUCUGAGCCUCAGUUGUGGCCAAAAGCCAAGGAAUACAUGAGAAAACACCGCCAUAGUCAUAAGUGGAAGAAAUGGUGGAAAAAGUACUAGAAUUCAUAUAUAUGCUGGGGAACUCUUUCUUUUUUCAAAUAUUAAAAUGUUUGAUGAAUUUUACCAUAAACAGCUCAGGCAGACUGAUGUUAAUGAAGAGAAAUGUUGCUGUAAAGAUGACAUUUUUCAUCUUGCUGAAUUUAGAGUUUACAGCCAAUGGAAGCACAAAUUACUGAUUCAGAUGGUGUUU